AUGCAGUCCUUUGCCGCCAGUCUUUCAAUCAUAGCCCUUGUCCUGUCGUUCGAAGGUCUCGGCACUGUUGGUCCGUUGACCCCCGAGCAAGCCAUCUUCCUUAUGAAAGGGUACUAUUCGUCUGAGAUUGUCUACAUCGUAGCCAUUGGCUUCGCGAAAUCCUCGGCGGCAACGAAGCUUAGAUUGGGCGAGUCCGCGCACAGAAAGCUCGGGCGUGCUUUCGCCAUCGUGCGCAUCACCACAAGCUUUGCUUCCGCGAUCGUUCAUCCCUUCCAGAAAGGCACCCAGCCCACCAACAAAGAUCUACAGCCCCAGACCAACUUCCUCAAGCUCAUGCUACUCCAGUCGCACCCCAACGCCGGCUUUGACUACGCCAUAUGCGGAACGCUUCUCGCUAUUCCCGGCUCAAAGCUCCUCCUCCGUCUCACCGCAGCCACAGUACAGCCCAUCUCGGGUGCCACCAAUUCGAGCAAUGCGAUCGCAAGCGAUAUCCACGGGCGUAAAGUCUCCUGGUCCGCCAGUCCUGAAGAGUCCCUCUGGUCCAGGGGCGCUGAUAACACGGUCGUCCAGCCGUGCGCAGCCUCGGAAGUUCAGUACCACAACGCAUCUUCAGACGCCACCGCUGAUGACUACAUAUGA